AUGCAGGAUUCUGCAGCAUUGAUUGAAUGUCUGCGGACAGGAAAUGAGCCUCCAGGAGACGUUCCCAUCACUCACCUUGAAGUCAGUGAUCCUCCUUGUGGAUCCAGUGUUGACUACAGCAUGUCGAAUCAUCGAUCCGCCAGGCUCGAGAACGUAGACAAUGGUAUCCACUACGCCUCUAUCCCUGUCUCUCCGGGACCUCCUGCCAAUGGAGGUCCUUUUACCGGUGCCGAUCCUAUUGUGGAACCUACGGAGACACACAGAUUACCAACGGUGUCUGCUACCUCUUAUCCCACUCUCUCUAGGUCUGGUCGACGCUUUAGCAUGAGUUCGAUGGGUCUGGGAUCCAAUGGCAAUGCAAGCGCUCAUUCCUCCUUUCUAUGGAAGGUUUUUUCUCGACGAAGCAAGAGUAGAGAGGCAGAACGACGUUCGGACGUGACACCACAAAAUGUGCGAGCCUCAGGAUCGCAGUCUCAAUGCGACUCACCGACGAAGAAAUUGUAUGUUUGCCAAACAUUCUACUUGCAAUUUUUAAGUAAAUAA